UGCUGAGAGUGGAGUGGAGGAGGCGUGGAUGCAGCUGGGAGGAGAGGAGUCGAGUCAUUUUCUGGAGCUUGAGGAAGUUGGAGUUGAAAUGCAGAUAUAGAGCUCAAAGUUUCCAGUAGCCAUUGGCGAGUGAACGUUACCCCGUGGCUGCCAAAACUCGAGGCUCCUUGACAAUUUCACAAUCUUCUUUCCCUCAUCCAGCAUCUCUUUCUGUGCUCUAUCACCCAGUAGUGUGGGGGAGGUUAAGAUUCACAUUUAUAAAGCCACUGAUCUUAGACCUAGACACAAUUGGCAUGUACAGACUGACAAAUGCACCCAGUUGAUGUCACCCUGAGAUAGCCAUGCAUACAGUCGGUUUUCUGCAUUUGUUACAUUCAGGAUUACUCCUACAUAGUCGAACGUUCUCUGUAGGACACAGAGUGGCACGGGAUAACCACAUGAUCGCAGCAACUCCAAGUUUAAUAUAAUUGCCAGGCCUUAACAGUCUAAAUCAUUAUCCAUCUUUUGGACUACUACUUUGCACCUUCCAUCUUCCCAAGUGAGGUGUCAUGUCCCAAGGAGUGUCUCCUCCUGCCCUACUCUGGCUGGAAGAGAUGUGUGUAGUGAUGUUCCUAAGGAUACGCAGACUAGUCCUUCAAGCUGGACUCCUGGUUUGUGCGGGCAUCUUUCUUCUCUGGGUGUCUGUGUUCCUGUAUGGUAGCUUCUACUACUCCUACAUGCCAACUGUAAAAUUCUCCAGCCCAGUGCACUACCAAUACAGCUCCUCUUGUAACCCUCCUGCUGGAAUCCUUUGUUCGUUUCCCACAGCCAAUGUGUCUCUAAUGAAAAAUAAUCGUGAUCGGGUACUAAUGCAUGGACAACCAUACCACAUAUCCAUGGAACUUCAGCUCCCAGAGUCCAUAGUUAAUCAAGAUCUGGGAAUGUUCAUGGUGUCUAUGUCAUGUUACACACGAGGUGGCAAGCAGAUCUCCCACACAGCUCGAUCAGCAAUCCUUCAUUACAAAUCCCCUCUUCUGCGAACACUAGAAACGAUUACGCUUUUGCCGUUGCUGCUCGUGGGGUUGUCUGAACAGAAGCAAUCUCUCGAAGUGGAACUUUUUUCAUCAUAUCGUGAAGACUCGUAUGUACCAACCAUUGGGGCAGUGAUUGAGAUCCAGAGUGUCAGGAUACAGAUCUACAACGCUGAGCUUCGGGUACACGCACAUUUCACUGGACUGAGGUAUCUGCUGUAUCAUUACCCUAUAUCGUCUGCUGUUAUUGGUGUUUCUAGCAACUUUGUUUUCUUGAGUGUUUUGGUCGUGCUCAGCUACGUGCAGUGGGGGCUGGGUAGAACACGUGGGCAGGUUGAGGAACGAAGGAGAGCGAGCACUGAACGGAGAAGAGCUGAGUCUCAGAGAAGGGAAUCUGUCCAACCUGCUUCCACUUCUCGAGUGUCUGUUAAUGACCAUCGACAGGAGGGGACUCAAAGCAAGAGUAAUAAAAAGAUAGAUCAGGGCAAGUUUCACGAAAAAGAUGACGAUGACACACCAGCAACUGAGACAAUUGGACAAAGUGAUACAGAAGACCCCACAACAACUUUUGACAUUGAUCCACACUCAACAGGCAGUGGUGAUGAUAUCUCUAGACAAACAGAGCACCGGGGUGUGCGGAAUCCCUUAAGUAUACACACAGAUGUAGAAGAAUUUUUGGAUGCUGACACAGGCCCUCUUGAUGAUACACAGAACUCAGGUCUUCGGCAACGUACAACUCAUUGAAGGAA